GGAGGAUCGUGAGACGACGGUUUCGCAGGAGUGUAAAUGGCGAACGGUGGGAGAGGAAAAGAACGGCCUGGGAAUAGCGAUACCUUUGAUACGCCUCAUAAAGGCUCUGAAAGUCGAGGAAGAACCUACCUGUGCUGAACUUGGUCGAAGUCGUGCUAUAUUUGUGGGCAUCCUCUGUCGCCAAGCGCGGGCUCCUGGGGGCCAUGUUGAUCGGGGGCAAGCCGCAGCGCUGCGCAUGCGUAGCCCUCUUUGGCCAGGAAGCUGGAAGGGAAGUGCAGUGGAAUGGAUUCUCUUUCAUGUGAAAAUGGUGGUGCGAAUAGAGGGCGAGUUACUGAGAGAAUCCCGUCUGACACACAAAGCAAGUGAACAGUUUAUGCCUGUGUGACUUUGCUUGUGUUCACUGAGCAUAUCUGAAACCCUAAACGCUCUGUCCACAGGUUGUACAGCUGAAUGGCUUCUCCUUGGUGUGAACAAAGGCUGGAUGACCAAGCAAAUCCCUUCCCACACGAAAUGCAGGUGAAUGGCCUCUCCCCAGUGUGAAUGUGCCAAUGGAUAUCCAGCUGGGAUGAAUAAUGAAAUCCUUUCCCACAAUCUUCACAUUUCUACGGUUUCUCCAUGGUGCUGAUAUCCUCCGGUCUCUCCAGGUUGAAUGAUCAAUUGAAGCCUCGCCCAAACACACAAGAUCUGUACAGUUUAUUGUUUAUUCACACGUGUAAAUCCACCGCUUAAUGCUUUACAAAAAGUCAUCCCUAUCAGUCCAGGAUGGUAAUUCUGAACGGAGAAUUGCAAUUCCCCUGGAAUGCUGUUUCCUGGUGUCCCCUCCUCCCCUUGCUGAAAUACAAAUAAACUGUGGAAUAAUUCUUCACUUGCUGGAGACAAUCCGAUUAUUUCUGGAAAUAAACAUUCCUCAGGCUGCAGCUCCAGUCAAGCAUUUGGCUGCGCAUGUGCCAUAGGGAUUGGCUCUUCAUGACCACAAUGCUCUGGCUACCGAAUGAUUGGCGGCAGGUUUGCACCAAUAGCAGCAGGGGGCGGUACAGGAGACCGGGUCUUGAACGGACGUUCCUCCAACCAAUCGGAGUGGGCGGGGCCAGCCGUGACUGGCGCAUGGGCAGUGUGGAUGGCUGCUGGACCCGGAAGGAGGAAGUGCAAAGUCUGAGAGACGAGAAUUGGGAGUUGUCCUGAACACUGCUGGUCCGAGCUAUCCACAGUCGGAUUAGAAACUCCAGAGUCUCGUUUACACCCAAAUGAAAUGUUUGUCUUUCCUGGACUGAGAAGGUUGGGAAUCUUCUACGUUCUAUUUUUGCAGGAGAUUGAACGGAAAGGAUUCGCAGACGGGAAACCCGAGCUAAACAUCUCAUCAAGGCUGCAAGGCGUGGAAGAUUUGUAGAGGAAUAGCUUCAAACUCGAUGUCCAGAUCUGACAAGGUUUCUCAAUUCAAGAUAUUUCAAACGUCACUAUCACUGGAAAAGCUGAUAGACACUUAUGGAUGUAUGAGAUUCUUCCAAAGCAGUGAGACCUGACAGCUAAAAUCAUUGCACCUUUCAGAGCAGGAGUGUAUGUGGAAGAGGGAUAAACUGAUCAUCCAAUGUGGAAAGCACCAAUAUACUGGCACCAUGGAAAAAUUAUGGAAAUGUGAGGACUGUGGUAAAGGAUUCAGUUAUCCAUCCCUGUUGAGAAACCAUCAAAGUAUUCACACUGGUGAGAGGCCAUGGAAAUGUGAGGACUGUGGAAAAGGAUUCAAUUAUUCAUCCCUGCUGGAAAUUCAUCGACGCAUUCACACUGGGGAGAAACCAUUCACCUGUUCUGUGUGUGGGAAGAAAUUUACACAGUCAACUUCCCUGAUGAUACACCAGAGAAUUCACACUGAAGAAAAGCCCUUCAGCUGCACUUUCUGUGGGAAAAGAUUCAAUAGCACAUCUACACUAACUAUCCACCAGCGAAUUCACACUGGGGAGAAGCCAUUCACCUGCGCUGUGUGUGGGGAGGGAUUCAUUAGGUCAUCUGGCCUUUCAACGCAUCAAAAAAUUCACACUGAGGAGAGGCCCUUCAGCUGCGAUUCCUGCGGAAUGUGUUUUAAGCAGUCAUCCACCCUCACUGCACACCAGCGCACUCACACAGGGGAGAAACCAUUCAACUGUUCUAUGUGUGGGAAGGGAUUCACUCAAUCAUCUACACUCAUUGCUCACCAACGGGUUCACACAGGGGAGAGACCAUUUACCUGCUCUGUUUGUGGGAAGGGAUUUGCUCGAUUAUUUAUCCUGCAGUCACACCACCGAAUUCACACUGAGGAGAGGCCAUUCAGCUGCACUUCUUGUGGAAAGAGUUUCAGGCAGUCAUCUGGCCUCUCUGUACACCGACGCACUCACUCUGGGCAGAGGCCAUACAGCUGCUCUGUGUGUGGGAAAGCAUUCACUCGGUCCUUCAACCUGCUAAGACAUCAACAAGUUCAUAUGUGACAGCAGAGUUUAGAUUGUCCUGUCACAUCCAGCAUUGAUAGUCUGACAGUUUUUUUGACAACCUUUAUAAAUGGCUGGAGUUUCA